AUGUGCGAGCCAGUGCUGCACGUGCAAACCCAUGCCAGGCCUCAUGAUUAUGCCGUCUUCGUAUCCGUUUUUGACAUCCUGCUGUGGGCGGUUUUCAUGUCUGCAGCUGGGAAGAUUGGAGGCGUUGUCCGCUAUGGCCUUCCAAAGCGAGGGUUGCUCCGGGCAGCAUGCGCUGACCAGCUGGGUACACUGCUUGCCAGUGUGGGAGCAACGCACGUGCCGGGGCAGACGCAGGUGCUUCUUAAUCAGUCUGUCCUGCCGCUGACAAUGCUGCUGUCCUUAGUGUUGGGACGCAGAUAUGGCCUGCAGCACUUCUUGGGUGCAGCUUUGGUCUUGGCAGGCGCAGCUACUGCUGUUCACCACCAGCCUGUCGCACAGGUCAGCCAAAAUGACCUAUCGUGGAGAAGUUUAGUCAUGUUUUGCAUGGCGCAGGUCGCGGUUGCUGCAGCCACAUUGAUCAAGGAGGUGCUGCUGUCGCGAACCAGCAGUGACGAUGUGGCGGAGAGCAUGGCUGUUGGUAUUGCCAUCGCGUGGAGGCGUGUGCCAAUGGGAGUCUUUUUGGCGCUGUUGAUGCCAAGGCACUUUGGCGAAGGCCUGGGGAGAGAUCUUUGGGAUGGACUGCUGUGCUUCUGCGGCAUGCAGCCACGAGAAGGCGACACAGGAUGUCCAUGGGCUCCUCCUACCACUCUCAUCAGCGUCAUGCUCUAUGCCAUUCAGACCUUCCUUUGCUUGAGGCUGACACAGCAGAAGGGAGCUACAAUUCGUAGCAUUGCGGCUGUAACAGCAGUGCCGUUGGCACAGCUCCUCUUUAGUCGAGAAGGAGAUGUGGCAGAGGCCUUGAGCUGUCGCUCGGUGAUCGGGCUACUGCUGUGCCUCUCUGGCUUUGCCACGUACUCAUUGGCUGAUGCGAGACGUGAGAAGCUGUGA